GAAGAAAGGGGAGUCAGUUCCUGCCUGGUAAAAAACCAGGAAAUCAACUUGUAAAUAAUCGGUGGACAGAACGGCAUUAUUUUUUUUUAACAGAAUACAGCAUAGAGAUUUAUUAUAAAACAAGUAGCGCCAAGCUGAAAUCCACAUUAGUGUUCCUAACCAUGGCUUCGUUGUUUAAGAAGAAGACUGUAGAUGAUGUAAUAAAAGAACAAAACCGGGAAUUAAGAGGAACUCAGAGACAAAUAGCCAGAGACCGAGCUGCAUUAGAGAAACAAGAAAAGCAAAUGGAACUUGAAAUUAAAAAAAUGGCCAAGACUGGAAACAAGGAAGCCUGUAUAAUUUUAGCCAAACAGCUAGUCCAGCUGCGGAAACAGAAGAACCGAACAUAUGCCGUUAGUUCAAAGGUCACCUCCAUGUCCACACAGACCAAGGUCAUGAGCUCCCAGAUGAAGAUGGCCGGUGCAAUGUCAACCACUGCAAAGACAAUGCAGACAGUCAACAAAAAGAUGGACCCACAGAAGACUCUACAAACCAUGCAGAACUUCCAGAAGGAAAAUAUGAAGAUGGAAAUGACGGAAGAAAUGCUUAACGACACACUAGAUGAAAUCUUUAAUGAAUCUGGCGACGAGGAAGAAUCCCAGGACAUUGUAAACCAGGUGCUGGAUGAAAUCGGCAUUGAAAUCUCUGGAAAAAUGGUGAAUGCCCCUUCAGCAAGCAAAAACUUGCCUUCAGCUUCCACCUCCAAAGCUGCCACGAUUUCAGAUGAAGAGAUUGAGAGACAGCUGAAGGCUCUUGGUGUAGAUUAAUCUGCUUGUCUAUUCUCUCCAAAUGGAUCUGCAAGCAUUCUGAAUGCAGCACUACUUGAACAUGCAGAUGCAUUUAUAGAUUUCUUUUAUGGAUUUUAUUUUUUGGCUGCAAGGGGUUUGUAAAAUGUUAGUAAUUGCCGAAGCAAGCAAUGUAAAUUAAUUCUUAACCUGUUGAUUAAUACCACACUGUACUUCCCGUUGAAGGAAUGGCUUGUGUACUUUAAUCAGAUGUAUUCAGAAAUACAAAACCUGCUCGACCCGUGGGUAGAUUGCUGAUUGUUUAGCAGAGUACCGGGAAUAAGCUGUGCUGAUAAAAACGGAAUAAUGCAAAACCUUAAAAAAUUGAGCCCUUUUACAUUUUGGUAAAGGGACCAUUAUACACACAACUACGGCAAUUGCUUGUAACACUGUUAAUCUGUUCCUUGUGCAACUUGAGCAGAAAAAAAAAGGUUCUGUUGCCAGGAUAAUAUGUUUAACUUUUUUCUAGAUUUGAAUAGAAUAAUACUUUAUAUACUCUAUAUUAUCUAACCCGGUUCUUAAUUAUUGAUUUCAACAUUGUAUGCAUGUCCGUUAAUACUUCCUAAAUGUUGUCACAGUAAUGUCCAGAGCCAGGCUGAAACUUCAGAUGGUGUGUAAUAGUAGAACAAGCUUCUUGGCAUGGACAUUGAAGUGAACUAACAUAGAAGCAGAAGGCUGUACAGUUUGGUGAUAAUCUUUUAUUUUGUCACAAUGUCUGCUGUGUUUAGCGCAUUACAGGAUGUAAAUAUAAUGCAGUUCAAGGCAUGCUGGAGGCCUUUUCUUAUGGACAUAUUGGAAAGAGAAUUGAUCUUUCAGGUACAGGGAAGUUCCAUUAAUGUAAUGAAAAAUUGUUGCUGUUGUAAUUUCAUUAUUCCUUUAGGACUGACUUUUUUAAUUUAUUUAUUUUUUUUAAUUAUACAAUUCAAUAAGUUUGAUAAAGGUCCUUAGCUGUUUACUUUCAGUUCAGUCAAUUUUCAUGCACCAAGCGAAGGAUUAGAAAACUAAACCUGACCUUCUGCCAAAGAGUAAGACCUUUGAAUUUCCUGUUUGUUAUGCAUUCAGUAUUUCGAGCAUUUUAAAGGUAUGAAAUAUCAUGUGUUUGUUGCGCUUUGGGCUCAGGUACACUACAAAAAAACGAAACUGUGAUCUUUUAUUCAUUAAUCUAACACAAUCAUUUUUGUAGAACUGUUAUAAGUAUGUGCCUUUUGGGAUAUAAGCCUUAUUAUUUAAUAUAAAAAAGUAAGACACAAGCAAAGUAUGGUUAAAUAAAAAGCAACCGAUUUACAAAGUAAAUCCCCCCUUCCCCCACCCCCAUAAAACAAGCAAAAGUUCAAAUAAUUGGAGGCUGGUUUAAUCCCCUAAGAGUUACUUUUACUGAAUCUUAACUCCCAGUUUAACAACAGUAACAACACAAAUGUAAAAAGGCUGAAUAAUAUAGGUAAGCUUGCAGUAAUGGUGCGGGCACCUGUGCUAUGUUAUCCUUAAAGGAAGUGCUGUGUGUAGAUGCAGCAGGGCAAAGGUUUGAAGACGUCUAAAAAUAUUUUGCAUUAUUUAUACCCAUUUUAAGAACACAGGGUUAUCUACUUUAAACCUGCCUUACAUAUGCUGGCAGUUCCAAAAGACAGAUUGGUUUUCUAUGGUGGCCCUGAAGUUCAAAACACAACAAUGGAAGCACUUGGAAACUAACUGUCGUAAGUCACUUUUUCUUGUUUGAAUUUUAAUGUUUUUAUUUGUCCUUAUAUUAGUAAAACAAGUGUGAAAUAAAUGAAUACAAAACAUUAUUAAAAUUCAAACAAGAAAAAAGUGACUUACCACGGUUAGUUUCCCAGUGCACUUUUACCUAUCUCCCCUCCCUUUCCAGUUUAGAGUUAAUGUCGUGUUUUCUCAUUUGUUAAUUUUGUUUUCUAAUUUGUCAUUGUGUUUUUUAAUUGGCUAUUUUGUUUUCCACUUUGUUGUCGUGUUUUGCACUUCAGGGCCACCGUAGUUUUCUAAUUGAGAUUUUUAUACGGUUUCUCCCUAUGGCUCAAGUGCUGCACUUACCAGAACUGUGGAAUUGACUUUUAAUAGAGGUGUGCAGAUACAGGUUAUAAAGAUGUCUGAAAUUUGAAGUGAUCCCAUUUGAGUUGCAGUUUGAAUUCAUUCCAUGAAGUCCUGUAUACAUCGACAUCUGGAUUCAUUAACGGCUGGAUUUUAAAAUAGUUAUUCUGUCUGUUUUAAAAAAAUAAAAGGUAAAUAGAUGUUUACCUUUAGAACAUUUGAAGAGGAUAUUUUGAGGAAGAAGAAGUAGAAUGAUUGUGAGACUUUUUUUAUCUAACAGAUAUUUUCUAAAACCGUUGCUUCUUAUUAAAAGUAAAGUAUUAAUUUACUGUUAACAAAAAUCUGCAGCAUUACCUUUUUAAGGAACAAUCUCCUUUCCAUAUGCGAGUAAGAUUAGCCACUCUUUACAGACUCAAUUACACUGUUAAUUAAUUCCCUAUAAAUUUAAGUUGGUUUUUCACUGUAUCUAAUGGGUAUAAAUAACAAGCAUGAUUUAUUAAUUGUAUUAUCAGUUUUUUUUUGUUUUUUUUUGUUUCAUACAGGAGUGACUGAUUUGUUUUUACAUGUUUAUUUAAACGCACAUUUCAGGUUUAGAGGUUUAUAUAGGAUGCAUUCUAACCUUUCAAGAAAAAAACUUGGUUUUUUUCGUACUGUAAAGUUACAUUUUGUUAUUUCUUGCCACAGAAUAAUUUUUUUUUUCAUGUGUGAAUUUUUUAUACAUUUUUAAAAACUGCUUAGCCUUCAAGUUUUAUUCAUGAUAAAAACUCAAGUUACAAAA